CAUGUUCUUUGCCCAUUGCCCGCAUCUUUGCGCCGCAUCACCGACCACAGAGCGAGUAGAGCGGCACCACUCCUGCCCUCGUUCCCUCCCUCCCUCCUCUGACAUUAUCUCGUUUUUUUUUUCGGCUUCGUUUGGUAAUUUGCUUUCUGGCUUCGUUGCAUCGCAGGUGCAACAUCGAUAGCGGCUCUUUUUGCUCUUAGUGUCACUGUCAAGCUAGUGAACAAGCCCGGACCCUCAACCACCAUCUACUGCAACUGAUUUGCUUGGCGACUCUGGUCCUAGGGGCCUCUACUCUCUAUUUCCCUCGCCAACUUCGCAUUCACACCUUAGAUAAUCCGUCAUUAGGUCACGAAUUCUUCCUUUUUGCUCCUUCUUGAUCUUCAGACGCCUGUGUUCUCGUUCCUUGGACUAUACACCUUCGUGAGGGCUGUAUCUAUCUCGUCCUCAAAGUGGGCGCUUUGCUGUUUCUCGAUUGAACGACAUAAUUCGGACCCCGCGAAGAUUAGUACUAUCAUGAUGCAAUAACAAGAAGUUAGCUCGUCCUAGGAUCACCAUUUUAUCAAAGCCUUUUACCUUUGCAUCAGUUACCAGUGGCUGCUUUAUUGCAUAUUCUAGCCUACGUCAAGUUCUUUGGGCGUGUCUACCAUCUCCUUAUACCCAUCUGGACGAGACUCCGCUGAGAGGUUUCCAUUGCCUCCAUUACCCUACGGUCCAUAUAGAAGUUUCAAUGCUAUAAGAUAUACUCUCAUCAUGGAUGAUCAUCACCUAAGCUUGACAUCGCCCGGUCCUGCGGGCAUACAUCACCUUGAGCGUCCGCUCAUCUCCUUUGAUCUCACACCACCAGCCAUGCUGGCCAGACAACAAGCAAACAUGAAUUUUACGACACGCGAAGCCCAUGCCACUGGGCAAGACCCCUUAAUGCGGUGGUAUGAAGUCAACGAUGGACCAUGGCACCCCCCAGAAUUGACGCCGGACACUGGGGAUGGCAACGGCCAGUCCUUGGUGACCAGUAUGCGAGAUACCCAAUAUAUGGUCCCUACUCGGUCGAACAUGGUACCUUCUGAAAUUAUGCCACAAUCUGAUUCCGGUUAUGGGAGUUAUCACAACCAGCCUAGCAUUGCAAAUGGCUCAGUUUGCGGCGACUCUUUUGACCCUAAUCAAGAUACACGGAGCAUUAUGGGAGGAUCCAUGGUUGAUGCUCAAUUUUCCGUGCCUGAGACCAUACCCGGAAAUCAUAUGGUCUCAGGCCCCUCGUGUGAACCAUGGCCCAGCCAUAUCAGAUUAGAAACCAUGACAUGCCCAGAAUGUGGGAAACCGGUGAGGACCAAAUCGGAGCUGAAGAAGCAUCAUCAACGCCACAAGAAGCCAUUUAAAUGCGAUGUCGCCGACUGUGCUCGCCGAAUCGAGGGUUUCAGUACUACAAAUGAUCUUGAUCGACACAAAAGAAGCGUCCACCCCGGAAGCCAGACAUUUGGUAACCGCUACGUCUGCCAGAUUGGCCCAUGCAAGAAUAAGGAUAAAAUCUGGCCCCGGGCAGACAAUUUUAAGGCACAUCUCAAACGUGUCCACAUGAAGGAGACCGUGUCGGACGAAGAUCUCGAGAGCUGUAUCUAUAAACCCCCAACCUCACCUGGUGAGCCUCAAGAAAGCCCGCGACAAGAACCCAUGGCUGGUUACGGCGAUUACCCGGGGCUCUCCCAUGCACAAACAAACAGUUGGCCACAGUUUAUUGAGGCAGCUCAGAGUAUCAACCAAUAUGGCUCCGUGAGUGAGACUCAGGUUGAAGAGACACUCUCUCUAUCGAGUUCGCAUCAGGAACAUGGCAAUGUUCAACUUCACCAUGCCGUACCACGGCAAGAGUUAUACCAGGUAAUAACCGAGUCUAACUCAACAUGUCAGAGCCCCGUGCCUUCGUCAUCUCCCAUGCAUCAAUCGCCCAUAGAAUCCGAAAUUGCCGUUCCUAAUUUAACGCCACUCAGACCGCAGAUGAGGCAACCAUCUGCCGAGGCUGACGAUAUUGACGUAAAUGCCUCCGAGGUCUCAGAGGCUGGCAUGUUGGAUGAAUACAGUGAACAAUCAUCGCAUAAUUCUCCGUUAAAUAGUCCUCGUGACAACCCCAAAAAGAGGAGCGGCGGCGCGUCUGACUCCUCUGAGCCGGAACGUAUGUCGGCACCUAGCACUGGCGCUCUUAAGAUUAACAUAGCCGGCUUGGAUCUUGACGACACAACUGAGAUGAAGAAACUCGUCGAGGUUCUUGAGCGUCGCGGAUUACUUGAGCAAUUAGGUUGGAGAAAAGAUGGCUCUGAAGUAGCGGAACCCGCCAAGGCUGAAGCGGACGUGGUUGUAAAUCCAAGCCAUGUCUUCCCGUGUUCUACCUGCCGCAAAUCUUUCCCUCGAAGGUGCGAGUUGAAAAAACACGAGAAACGACAUGAGAAGCCAUAUGCCUGUACCAUGCAGGACUGUGACAAGAGGUUUGGGAGUAAAAAUGACUGGAAACGUCAUGAAAACACGCAACAUUUGAUGUUGGAAAUGUGGAAGUGCGACGAGGAGCGUUGUGAGAAACACUGUCCCCGCCGGGAAAUGUUCAGAGCCCACCUUGAAAAGGAUCACCAGAUCACUGAUCCAAUUGCGUUGGAUGCCCGGCUCGAGAAGUGCCGUGUCGGGAAAAACUACGAUGCCAGGUUCUGGUGCGGCUUCUGUCGGAAGAUCAUCGAGAUUAAGCAGCACGGUAAGCAGUCUUUGUGGGCGGAGCGCUUUGACCAUAUCGAUGAGCAUUUCUCGGGUCGCAACGACCAACGCCGUAAGGACAUCAGCGAGUGGAAGGAGUUUGAUAUGUCAUGGUCAAGCAAGGAAGACUUUGGAGACGAGGACGAGACUUGUCCUCCACCGAAGCAUGAUAAAGCACAAAAGCCUAAACGGAAACGAGACGAUAGGGGAAACAUGAGCAACACGAAGAAGGCGAGGUUACAAAGCCGGGGCAUGCUAUGCUGUCAUUGCGGGGACCUUAUGACAGUAUCAAUGCUUCGUUGUGUUAACUUUCCCUGUGAGCACAUACCUUGCGACAAUUGUAAGUCGUGAGGUUUAUGGUUUCCCUGAUUGUAUGGUUAUGGUUAUAGUUAGUGGUGUUUUGUGUUAUUCACUAUCUGUUAUGAUUUCUCCACGGACUUUUAGGAUGUUGAAUUAGUUUAUGAUAUACCCCAUAUAUAGCAUGUUGUUUCUAGACUUUCAAUGUAGAUAUAGCAGAGAACAGGAUUUAGGAGUCGAAGCAGGGCAGGGCAGGACACGGUAGAAUAGUAUUGAUGCAAGCAUCACGGCACCGGCGGUGCCUCGGAGGACAUGGUUCGAUGAGCUUGGGUAGGGAAAGUGUUUGCAUGCUACACAAUUGAGCUGCUUACCUGUCAUGUUAGUUUAUUGCGUUCAUGAUCCUUAUUAAGGCUGGUCUUGGGUAGCUUUGAGCUGUACCUUUAAGCACUCUACCUAUGACAAAUGGAUACUUAUUCAAAGUCCCGCAGCGGCGGCGGCUAUAUUUAGUCUACCUAAGGCUACAAGACAUUAUGUAGAGUACCUGUGUGCGUGCAGAUGCGAAGCUGAGAUGCCCACAAUAUGUACCUACAGGUAGCGCACUGCGCACUUAGCACUUCUGGCAUAGCGCGUAGUUGGUCGUCGGCGGGGGGUUCUAGGCCUUGGGGUAGGUAUGGUACAGUGCCACCUCUGUAGGUACCUAGGUAGGUCAAAGGUACCUAGGUAGGUCAAAGGUACCUAGGUAGGUCAAAGGUACCUAGGUAGGUCAAAGGUACCUAGGUAGGU